CGUGGGGGAAAGCUUGGCAGCGACAAGUGAUCGUUUACAGUUAUAGUCAGUCCGGAUCGGGCGCUCGGUUAGCCGAGACUACUUUGUGCCAGGCGAAACUCCAACGACCGAUCCCGAUUUGUCGAGCCGGUAUUAAACGCGACGUCGCCGUCAGCACGCGAUCGUGUCCGAGAGUGAAGUGUGUCCGUCCACCUCCGUACGUCAUCCUCUGCGACAUCGUCCCCGCAGGAUCCGCUUGCUGUCUCGGCCUCGGUUCCUCUCCCGUGGCUACCAGUUUUCACGAAAUCUCGUGCAACCGCGAUUCGAAAUCGAAUCGAGCACAAUUAACGAUAGCGGCUUCCUGCUGACGAUCGAAGGUAAUUUUAUCGGAUGCCCGAGGGAACGCCCGAAUGGAACACGAUCAGCGACAUGGAUCAACCGAGCUGGUAGCUGAAAGUAAUGGACGUAGGACAGCGCUCGUUCGAUAGGAUUUAAGUGAACCGGUUGAAGCUUGUGCAAAAAUUGAACCUGGAAAAGGAAAAGUGUCGUGUGUUGAACCGUCAAAAGGUAGAACCAGGAAGGAAUUAACGAAGAAAACUGAAGGAUAGAAAAAAGUAAAUAAUAAACAGUGCCAAUUGAAAAGUGUGAGUUCGGGUAACUGAGAAGCGGAAAAGGAAAGGAUAUUUAUCGUAGUCCUGAACGAUUUUAUUGCCACGGAAUUUGUCAGUGAUUUUAUUUGGUAACCAUCUUCCAUGGACACGCGUCGAAGAUAAUCGCGCGUACCUCACCCAGGACCGCCAACUUCCAAGGGGGUCCACGGCGUAACUUUCCUCAGGAUAAUGCGAAGUCUGGAGAGGUUAUCAGGUAGCGAUCAAGACUGCGAUCAGGAGAUGUAUAUCGACCUGGACGACGCUUCCGUUGACUCGCUUACCGGGAAACGUAGCCGGCACCAUGUCGUUAGCGCGGAGGUGGGUGAGGAGAGCGAUAGUAGCGGUAGCGAGAGGAGUCCAAAACAAGCAAAGAGAAGAAAUCGUGGUGGACCGCCGACCACCAGGAGACGAAAAAGUGGCAUUUCCGCGCGAGAAAGGAACCUCAGGAGGCUUGAGAGCAACGAGAGAGAAAGAAUGAGGAUGCAUUCCCUAAAUGACGCUUUUGAGCAACUGCGCGAGGUGAUACCACACGUAAAAAUGGAAAGGAAACUCAGUAAAAUAGAGACGCUUACGUUGGCUAAAAAUUAUAUAAUGGCACUUACGAAUGUCAUAUGUGAAAUGCGGGGUGAAGAACAGCCAUACACAUUCGUCGACGGGGAAUGUGGUUCCAGCAGCGGUGACAGUACAGGCCAAUUAGAACUAAGCGGCGGUGAACAACCGGAAGAGGCAUCCCCGGCAUCGAUGCACGAAACCAACAACAAUAGUUUGCUUCACGAAGAUUUAGAACGCAGGAUACCGUAGCUCGCUCGAUUGUACGUAAAAUCGAUCGAUCCUCGUUGGAUUGAAUGAAAAUUCCAUAAAUCGUAUUCGUGACAACAGUCUUCUUUCGAUCGAUCACGAGCAAAGAAAUGCGAAUGAAUCUCGUGAGAAGAAAAGAAAAAAAGAAGCGAAGAACGAGAAGAUAUUAAGACUUGAUCGAAUCCGAUGGAAGAAUAAGGAAAGAGGAUCGGUGAAGGGGAGAGGGAGGGGAAGGUAGAGAGAACUAAUAGAGAAUCGUCGUCGCAAAAGUAGUCGUUGAACAACCGUUCGAGAUUUAUCGAAGAAGAUGCAAUUCGGCUUUUACGAAAUGAUCCGUCCAAGGUCGACCUCUGGAGAUCUUUCGAAGGCCAACGAGGCGUGAGGUUGACAGAGAAAGAAAAAAAGACUGACUUCACGGCCAGUCAGGCUGGAAGAUUCUCUUCUCUUUUUUUUUCUCUCGCGUGGUCUUUUUAUCGUAUUUUUUUUUUUUUUUGCUUUUCUGGUGACAUUGGACCGUUACCUUGAAACGCGACGCAGAUAUUAAACCGUCGAUCCAGGGCUGCAUUUACAAUUAGGCUAAUAGCCUAACAUAUAUUAAUAAUUCUUUUUUAUAAAUAUAAAAUUCAGCUGAAAACAUUUGCAAACGAAAUGCAAUUAUUCUUAUGAUAUUAUUGUCCUAUAGUGUACAGGGUGUGCCAAUAAAACGUAUGGCACUUUAUUGUGAAAUCAAUGAGUUUUAGUGCCGAUCGAAAGAAUUAUAUCUGAACAAAGGAUACUGAGUCCAAAAGAAACUAAAAGACUUCAGUAGGGCUUCAGGAAAUUAGUCACAAUAUUUGAAAAUUUCAGUGACGAGUCACUGAAUGAAUUAAGUAGCAAUUUUAAAAUGAAUAUUUUAAAUGAUCAUCAUACUAUUUUUGCCAUCUUUAAUAUCUUCGCACAUUAGCACACCCUGUAUUUCUCCUGUUUCCAGGUGUUUUUGAAAUUGCAGAAAGCACCAGAAUUGAAGGCCCUGGUCGAUUUCUUCGCCGCGAAUUUAAAGUCCGCCAUGUUUGAUGACCGAUAUGUCAAUCACGUGCCAAAGGUGAACAGCCAGAACAUAAUACAAAGAAUAUUUAUAUUAUUCGAAUAUUUCGAAUAAUUGUUUAUUCGAAGCACGCACGAAACGUUCACGCCUCGAUUGCUUUCAAUAUGGAGGAUCUCGAGGUCGACGCCGAAAGAUCGGAUCGCAUCCGCAACGGUAAUGAUCAGUGCGACGCGAAAGUUUGAGAAACUGUGAUAGAAUUUCGUAUUAGAACCUCGUUCCGCAUCGUCCUGCGCGCGACACUGUACUACGUAAAUACUUUUGUUUUUUCUUUGUGGUAAUUGUCCACGGUCUGCGAGCUGGAUAGCCAAGAAUCGUUGUUGGAGAUGUUCACCGCCGAACAAGACGACUGGCCGACAAUAAAAAAAGAAACGGUAAAAGGAAACGUGGAAGUGAUCGCGGAAAUGAAAAUCCGGUUCGUUCUAUGCGACCUAAAUAUCAAACGGAGAAUAACUUUAAUUACCCUGUAAUUGUAAUUAUGAUAUCAAGUUACGGUUGCGAGCCACAGCUUACACUUCAUACCUGACACACUUUGGAUCGUAUUCGUAAGUACCACGGUCGAGUUUUUAAAUGUACUUUUUCUGCGUUUGCCUUAAGAUGACGCCAGCGGACGGGCAGCAUUAGUUAUAGAACUUAUAAGUUUGAUGACUUCUCAAACUUAUUAGUAAUUCUCUAGGGAAUAAGAAACUGUGUCCACGUUUUUAAUUAAUUAUCAUUAUACUGAUCUGAACAGAAAGACACAGAAGGAAUAUAAUGGCGGGAAAUUCAAAUCAAAUUUAUAGAAAUUUUCAUGAUAGAAUGAUUAAAUAUAUUUUUGUAGAUGAUGAAAUAAGAAUCUUUACAGAAUCAGUCUUAAUCUUGGUUCAACUUUUUUGUAUUUUAGUUUUGAUGUUUUUAUGAGAACUAAUUUUUAUCGAGUAACUCAAAAAGUUUUUUCCGUUUCAAAAAAGAUUAAAUGAUAUAAUUCAAUUAGUAAAAGUUUUUUUUCAUUAAUGGAAUAAUGCUUUUAAACUUUCUUAUAGUUUAAUAUUUCUUGCGUCUUUUUAUUAGUUAUUAUUCUCAAAAUAUAUGUAGGAAUAAUGAAGAUUAGAUAAUCUAGAAAUGGCAAGAACUUUAUUAGAUAACAUAGCGAAGUGACAAAAUGAAUGUAUCAAUUUAAUAUGGAAUACUAAAAUUUAUUACAGCAUUAAUUUUCUUUAUUCAUUUUAAUUGAUAAAGAAAUUAUUAUCGGUUUAAUUUAUAUUUGAUAAAAGUUGAGGUCAAACGUUGAUUCAAGAAAAGAGUUAUAAAUGCAUACUCAAAAAUAUUAUUUAAUUUUUGUCACAAAAUUGAUAAUAUAACAGAAUAAAUUGAAGCAUUUCGUAUAAAUACUAAAAUUUAUUCUAUUAUAUAAUCAAUGAUAAUAAUAGUUGUAAAUAGAUAAAGACAUUAAUUUUGUUAUUUUGUUAUAAAAUUUCGUUAACAUACAAAUGUUGAAAUUAAUAUAAGAUUAAAACUGAUUCUAUUGCAGAUUAAAUCAAUAACAAACAUCUAUUUUAUUAAGAAUAUUUAUUUCACUAUAACAGUUUUAUUUAUUCCACUAUAACAAUUCAUCUUUGCAUAAACAGAUUUGAAUUUUGCCGCUACUCAGUUCACAUUCAGUUCAGAUCAGUAUGGCGGAUAUUUCAAAAAUUCACUUAAAAAUUAACGUUAAAAACUCUUUAAUAAGAGUCAAUAAAAUAGUCAACAAAGUUAAAUGACGCCAUUUUCAAUAAAAUAGCGCGAAAUUUAAUUUAUAAACAAUGGUGUAC